GUCGCGCUCCCCCGGGAUGACCCGCGCGCCUCGGCGCUGCCCGGCGGAGCUCUCGGCGGAGCGGCGUCGGCCGCGCUCGGGGCGCGCGCGGUGGCGGCGGCGCGGCGCGUGAGGGCCGCCGGGGCCGAGCGGGCGCCGCCAACAUGUCGGAUACCAAGGUAAAAGUUGCCGUCCGCGUCCGGCCCAUGAACCGACGAGAACUGGAGCUGAACACCAAGUGCGUGGUGGAGAUGGAAGGGAACCAGACGGUCCUGCACCCUCCUCCUGCUAACACCAAACAGGGAGAAAGGAAACCUCCCAAGGUAUUUGCCUUUGAUUAUUGCUUUUGGUCCAUGGAUGAAUCUAACACUACAAAAUAUGCAGGUCAAGAAAUGGUUUUCAAGUGCCUUGGGGAAGGGAUUCUUGAGAAAGCCUUUCAGGGUUAUAACGCUUGUAUUUUUGCCUAUGGGCAGACAGGUUCAGGAAAAUCCUUCUCCAUGAUGGGCCACGCCGAGCAGUUGGGCCUCAUUCCAAGGCUCUGCUGUGCUUUAUUCAAAAGAAUCUCUUUGGAGCAAAAUGAGUCACACACCUUUAAAGUCGAAGUGUCCUAUAUGGAAAUUUAUAAUGAAAAAGUUCGUGAUCUUUUAGACCCCAAAGGGAGUAGACAGUCUCUGAAAGUUCGAGAGCAUAAAGUUUUGGGACCAUACGUAGAUGGCUUAUCUCAACUGGCCGUCACUAGUUUUGAGGAUAUCGAAUCGUUGAUGUCGGAGGGAAAUAAGUCUCGGACGGUCGCUGCAACCAACAUGAAUGAAGAGAGCAGCCGCUCCCAUGCUGUGUUUAAUAUCAUAAUCACGCAGACGCUCUACGACCUGCAGUCCGGGAACUCAGGAGAGAAAGUCAGUAAGGUCAGCCUGGUCGACCUGGCGGGCAGCGAAAGAGUGUCCAAGACCGGAGCCGCGGGAGAGCGACUGAAGGAAGGCAGCAACAUCAACAAAUCACUUACAACCCUGGGGUUGGUUAUAUCCUCCCUGGCUGACCAGGCGGCUGGCAAGGGUAAAAACAAAUUUGUGCCUUAUCGGGAUUCAGUCCUCACUUGGCUUCUUAAGGACAAUUUGGGGGGCAACAGCCAGACUUCUAUGAUAGCCACCAUCAGCCCAGCAGCAGACAACUAUGAAGAAACCCUGUCCACAUUACGAUACGCAGAUCGGGCCAAAAGGAUCGUGAACCACGCUGUUGUGAAUGAGGACCCCAACGCAAAAGUCAUCCGAGAGCUGCGGGAGGAAGUAGAGAAGCUGAAAGAGCAGCUCUCCCAGGCUGAGGCCAUGAAGGCCCCUGAGCUGAAGGAGAAGCUCGAAGAAUCCGAAAAACUGAUAAAAGAGCUGACGGUGACCUGGGAAGAGAAGCUGAGGAAAACAGAAGAGAUUGCACAGGAGAGACAGCGCCAGCUUGAAAGCAUGGGAAUAUCUCUGGAGACAUCCGGUAUCAAGGUGGGGGACGACAAGUGCUACCUGGUCAACCUGAAUGCAGACCCUGCUCUUAAUGAACUUCUGGUUUACUAUUUAAAGGACCACACGAGGGUGGGUGCAGAUACCUCUCAGGACAUCCAGCUCUUCGGCAUAGGCAUCCAGCCUGAGCACUGUGAGAUUGACAUUGCUUCCGAUGGGGACGUCACUCUGACCCCAAAAGAAAAUGCCAGGUCCUGUGUGAAUGGCACCCUUGUGUGCAGUUCUACUCAGCUGUGGCAUGGUGACAGAAUCCUGUGGGGAAACAACCACUUUUUUAGAAUUAACUUACCCAAGAGGAAACGGCGAGAUUGGUUGAAAGACCUAGAAAGAGAAGCGAGCCCUCCGGAACACGAGCUGGAUGCAGCCAGCGAGGCUUCAUCGGAGCCAGACUACAGCUACGAGUUUGCCCAGAUGGAAGUCAUCAUGAAGACCCUGAACAGCAAUGACCCAGUUCAAAAUGUGGUUCAGGUCCUGGAGAAGCAAUACCUAGAAGAAAAGAGGAGCGCCCUGGAGGAACAGCGGCUCAUGUAUGAACGGGAGCUACAGCGCCUCCGCCAGCAGCUCUCGCCCGAGAGGCAGCCACAGAGCAGCGGCCCCGACCGCCUGGCCUACAGCAGCCAGACGGCCCAGCAGCAGGUGACGCAGUGGGCAGAGGAGAGGGAUGAACUCUUCCGGCAGAGCCUGGCUAAGCUGCGAGAACAGCUGGUUAAAGCUAAUACUUUGGUGAGGGAAGCAAACUUCUUAGCUGAGGAAAUGAGCAAACUCACUGACUACCAAGUGACUCUUCAGAUCCCUGCUGCAAACCUCAGUGCCAACAGGAAGAGAGGUGCGAUCGUGAGCGAGCCAGCGAUUCAAGUGAGGAGGAAAGGAAAGAGCACCCAGAUCUGGACCAUCGAAAAGCUGGAGAAUAAAUUAAUCGACAUGAGAGACCUGUAUCAAGAAUGGAAGGAGAGGGUUCCUGAGGCAAAGAGACUGUACGGGAAGCGAGGCGACCCUUUCUAUGAAGCCCAGGAGAACCACAACCUAAUCGGGGUGGCCAACGUGUUCCUGGAAUGCCUCUUCUGUGAUGUGAAGCUCCAGUAUGCAGUCCCCAUCAUCAGCCAGCAGGGGGAGGUUGCAGGACGCCUCCACGUGGAAGUGAUGCGUGUGACAGGAGCUGUUCCCGAGCGCGUGGCGGAGGAUGACUCUUCGGAGAACUCCAGUGAGAGUGGGAGCCUGGAAGUCGUGGACAGCAGUGGGGAGAUCACCCAUCGGGUCAAGAAACUGACAUGCCGGGUAAAAAUUAAAGAGGCAACUGGACUGCCCUUAAGCCUGUCAAACUUUGUCUUCUGUCAGUACACGUUCUGGGACCAGUGUGAAUCUACAGUGGCCGCCCCAGUGGUGGACCCAGAUGUGCCCUCGCCACAGUCCAAGGAUGCCCAGUACACGGUGACCUUCUCUCACUGCAAGGACUACGUGGUGAACGUAACGGAGGAAUUCCUGGAGUUCAUUUCAGACGGAGCCCUGGCAAUUGAAGUGUGGGGCCACCGAUGUGCUGGAAACGGCAGCUCCAUAUGGGAGGUGGAUUCUCUUCAUGCCAAGACAAGGACAUUGCAGGACAGGUGGAACGAGGUGACCCGCAGGAUCGAGAUGUGGAUCUCCAUCUUGGAACUGAACGAGCUGGGCGAGUACACCGCGGUGGAGCUUCAUCAAGCCAAAGAUGUCAACACGGGAGGCAUCUUUCAGCUCAGGCAGGGUCAUUCCCGUCGAGUGCAAGUCACCGUGAAGCCUGUGCAGCACUCGGGGACACUGCCUCUCAUGGUGGAAGCCAUCCUGUCGGUGUCCAUUGGCUGCGUGACUGCCAGGUCCACCAAGCUCCAGAGAGGGCUGGACAGCUACCAGGAAGAAGACUUAAACUGCGUGAGAGAGCGCUGGUCAGAUGCACUCAUUAAACGACGCGAAUACUUGGAUGAGCAGAUCAAAAAAGUCAGCAAUAAAAAAGAGAAAACGGAGGACGACAUGGAGCGGGAAGCCCGGCUCGUGGAGCAGUGGGUAGGGCUGACAGAGGAAAGGAAUGCGGUGCUGGUGCCAGCCCCGGGCAGUGGGAUCCCCGGAGCACCUGCUGACUGGAUCCCACCUCCUGGAAUGGAAACCCACAUACCAGUUCUCUUCCUGGAUUUGAAUGCGCAUGACCUCAGUACCAACGAGCAACUCGUGGGCCCCCACGCGUCCGGUGUGAACUCCAUCCUGCCCAAGGAACACGGCAGCCAGUUCUUCUACCUGCCCAUCAUCAAGCACAGUGAUGACGAGGUGUCAGCCACCGCCUCCUGGGAUUCCUCUGUGCACGAUUCCGUUCACUUGAACAGGGUCACGCCGCAGAAUGAGAGGAUUUACCUGAUCGUGAAGGUCACAGUGCAGCUCAGCCACCCGGCCGCUAUAGAGUUGGUGCUGCGGAAGCGAAUCGCAGCCAAUAUUUACAACAAGCAGAGUUUUACCCAGAGUUUGAAGAGGAGAAUAUCGCUGAAGAACAUAUUUUAUUCCUGUGGUGUCACCUAUGAAAUAGUGUCCAAUAUACCAAAGGCGACCGAGGAGAUCGAGGACCGAGAAACGCUGGCUCUGCUGGCAGCAAGGAGUGAAAGCGAAGGCACCUGGGACGGCGAGACGUACAUCGAGAAGUACACGCGGGGCGUGCUGCAGGUGGAGAACAUCCUGAGCCUGGAACGGCUACGGCAGGCUGUCACAGUCAAGGAAGCGCUUUCUACCAAGGCUCGGCACAUACGGAGGAGUCUCAGCACGCCGAAUGUCCAUAACGUCUCCUCUAGUCGACCAGACCUUUCCGGCUUUGAUGAAGAUGAUAAGGGCUGGCCCGAAAACCAGUUAGACGUGUCUGACUACAGCUCCAGUUUCCAAGACGUGGCAUGUUAUGGAACUUUACCCAGGGAUUCACCUCGGAGGAGUAAAGAAGGUUGCACAUCAGAGAACCCUCAUGCCUUAACAGUCAGCCCUUUUAAAGCAUUCUCUCCUCAGCCGCCAAAGUUUUUCAAACCCCUAAUGCCUGUCAAAGAGGAGCAUAAGAAAAGGAUAGCUCUUGAAGCAAGGCCUCUGCUAAGCCAGGAGGACUCUGAGGAGGAGGAGAACGAGCUGGAAGCCAUCAACAGGAAGCUGAUAAACUCCCAGCCUUAUGUACCUGUGGAGUUUGCUGACUUCAGUGUUUACAAUGCCAGCCUGGAGAACAGGGAAUGGUUUUCUUCUAAAGUCGACCUGUCCAGCUCCCGGGUCUCAGACAAAGAAGUGUCCCGUAGCCCAACCACCAGCAGUAUUACCAGUGGCUACUUCUCCCACAGUGCCUCUAACGCCACUCUGUCUGACAUGGCGGUCCCUUCCAGUGACAGCUCAGAUCAGCUGACCACUCAGCUGAAGGAUGCAGACCCCAGCGAGCACCCCAGCCCAUCGCUUGUGCACGACGGCAGACCAUCCUCAGACAAAGAGUCGGCAGAAGCGGAAAAAGGCCUGGGAAGGGACAAAACGAUCCCAGUGCCGUUCCAGGAAAACAGUGCCUUAGCCAAAGGGAGCCCAUCGUCCCGGCCCAACCUGGAGAAAAACUCCAAAAUGCAGUGUAGCACUGGCUCGUGUUCAGAACUGGAUGCUGGCCCCAGCAAAAAUGGUCCCCCAGCCCGAGAAUUCCGCCCCAGGGAGGUGACCAUAGAGCAUACCACUAACAUCUUGGAAGACCAUUCUUUCACAGAGUUCAUGGGGGUGUCAGAUGGGAAAGACUUUGACAGUUUGACAGAUUCUUCUGCUGGAGAGCUUCCAGGGAGGAGGAAGCCACCAGAUAAAGCGGACAGUGAGCGUGUCCCCGAGAGGCAGCCUGAUACUGGCCAGAUGCAUUGCAAGCUAGAGAAUGACCCGGUAAUGAAUCCCAGAGGCAGCCCCCCCAGUUCUGGACUGUCACUGAGCACGGCUCAGUGCACACUCACCCCUAGAAGCCCUUCUCCAGUGACUUAGUGGGAGCAAGUCAUUCAGAUGCUUCUCUGGGGCUGACAGACCCUGUGGGGAGCAAGUUCACAUUCUUGGCCCACUGACCCUCUCUGAGUAGUUGUGCAUUGGGAACCGCAGUGGGGCCGUGGCAUCUGUAAGACCAUGUGUAACAGGUGUAUGGGCUAUUGUUAACAUGAGCAGAUGAGUAAGAAUCUGUCAGCCUCUGUCCAUUCCCUGAGAUAGUUAGUUCCUGGCUACCCCCAAAGUAACACUGGGGUAACAGACCCUAUUUCAUAAGAUCAGUGAUGCCUAUAUUAGAUGGGAGGGACUAUAGACUAAUUCCCUGAGCAACUGAAGUCUGGGUUUGUUUAUAAUGUGGAUUAAUUUUCAUAUUAGAACAAACUGGAUUUCCGCUAAUAUUCCCAAGGAAAAUUGCACUUUUCUGGUGUAAGUCAGUGCGUUUCUGCACAUUCAUUUUCUACGUUACACUACUUUUUUCCCAUUCCCAUUCGCUCUUAUGGUCCCCUGUCUGUGCGAGGAGGUUGGGGAGAGCCCCCACUUAGCAGUGCAAAGAGGCGGCAGUGUAGAGAGAAGCUUGGUGAGGGGUAAUGUAACCACGGUGACAGCUGCCUCCCAAGCUGUCCCCUCUGCUUUCCAUACCAACAGCCCUUAGAAUUUUAGCGUGUGGUCUGAUCACGUCAUAAUACAGCAUGCACACAAACUGCCAAACCACUCAGGGUAAUCUCUUAAAACAAGGAAAUAAUUUCUUUCCCCAUCAGAAAAAGAAGUCACUCAUUUUGCAUGCAUCUGUCCUUGUAAGCAAAACGUGUAUUUGUUCAACAGUCUUCAACUUCCUUCACACUGGUCUUGAAACGCAAUCUGCUUAGUUGGUUCUGUAUCCACCUUUUAAGUGAUUCCUAGAGAAAAAUGAGGCCAUCUCCUCUUAAUUCUUCACCCUAAGAAUUGUGUUUGCUUUUCCAACCCAAAUAUGCAGCAGACUCAGUACAGACUGAGACACUACUUCUUCAAAGUUCAGGUCCCUAGGAGUCACUGCUUUCCACUGUCAAUUUUUGCCUCAGAUAGGAUGGCCCGCAGGGUACAGGACUUUCAUAAGCCCCCACUGGUAAAAUGAUGUGAGGUAGAGAGGGGCUGCCUCUUGUUUCCUUGCCUCGAUUUCAACAAACAGGAGAAGCUUAGCUUUCAGUAGAUUCUAAAAUGAUAAGUCCCUGAAUUUAUAAAAAUGUUAUAAAUCAGGAUGGUGAGAUUAUGGAGAAAACUUUAAAAAAAUAUUACUUCUGUAGUUUUGUUUAAAUUGAUUCCAGUAAGUUGUUUAAUGAUUCAAACUGAAGUUUGACUUUCGUUCUAACCCUAAAAUUAUUGAGAGUGUAACUCAACAAACAGGAGCGCCCCCCACCCCAUUUUUUUUUAACUUGGGUAUUGUUAUCAUUACUUUGCCUGGAAGUGUCAUGGAGCGGUUGAGGUUUUCCCUGAUAUAGUGUGGAUGCCAGAACUGGGUUCCUUCUUGAACGCAGUCCUGUGGAAAAGCACCUUUCCCCCUCUCACAGGUGGGCCGUCCUUGUGGGUGGGGUGUGACGGUAGGGACAAGAGCCUCGGACUCACCAGCCUCUGCGUUCCAGGGAGACGCGGCUGCACGGUGAAAGGCGCUAGCGCGGCCUCCUCCCCCGGCCACAGCUUGGUGUCUGUCCGCCUGGUCGCCUUGGGAAAGCACCAUCCCCAUCUUGCAAACAUGCUGCUGCCCAGCCCACCUGACCUCCAGCCAGCAGCAGCCGAGAAGCUGUGCACACCCUGGGCCACCUCGCUCCGCCUCCUGAGAGGGAGAAGCAGCACUUUGUUUUCCAGAAAGCAAGAGAACCGAAAGUCCUGGAUGACCGAAAUGACAGCAUUUGUGUUUGCACUUCCUACACACCCCUACUGUGUAGAAACCUCGACAGAUUCCAGCAGACUUUAUUCUUGUACAGUUUUAAUCUGUUCUGACUGUAGAAUCUGGAGUCAGUGCUCUCAUUGGAUUGUUUUUAUAAAUAAUAUAUAUAUUAUGUAUAUGAAAUGUGUAUCUAUAGUGGGUCUGGGGACAGACAAGGCUGCACACUAAAAUGCAGAUAAAGGUGAUUUGUAGAAAAUCAUAAGGUACUGGUCUUUGUUACAAAACCUCUAGAGCAUCUCUCAGAGACAAGUGGAUGAAAAGUAGCUUAUUGCCUAAGAACAAGGUUGCAAAUCCGCCCUUGCAGAAAAGGUUACAGACGCUUGUUCUUUAUAACCAAAGAACUUCCACAAGACUGAACAUUUCUGCUGUCCACUCUGGUCUUUUGUGAAUGUAAUGUAUUUGACCACCAGUUGGGUGCCAUCUUUCCCUUGGCCGCCAAGCCACGUGCUGCUCUUCUCUGUGCUGUUUGCUGAGUGCACUGAGAAAUCUCACAGCUCUCAUCCGUGGUCUUCCACUGGGCCCACCAGCUGCCUUUGGGACACUGUGUCUUAACCUCUGGGGGUGCAUGGGCUCUGAGCACGGUGUUUUCAUCCACCUGGUCUGACGCAGUGGGCAGCAUAGCACAGACAGCAGUAUUACUGUAAGAACCUAUGAGAGCAGUUCCAAGAGUAGGGGUUGGGCUCAGGGAGGGGCAUUAACUUGGGGUGUUGUUCUUUGUGGUUUUUGUUUCAGGUUGGUAGGUGUGUCGUGGUGUGCUUUGCUCUUGUGAUUUCUGCUUAGUCCUGGAAGAUACUGAAGAGAUGGACAGAGCUUUAGAACAAAGCGCCACUGGCUCACAUGUCGCAGUGUCUGCAGGAGAACGAUUGCAUAGAUGACCCUGCUGACUCACAGAUGGAAUCGCCGAAGGAGUGUGUGUGCAGAGGUUUUUGCGAAAGUCCUGUCUCUACCCACGCCACAAAUGGCUGUCCAAUUGGUCUGGAAGAAUAGCUCUAAAUGCAAGAGCCAGAAUGAGAGAAAACAUACAGCCUUCUGUAUCUUUGUUCUUUGAAGUUCUUAGUGUUGGUAAAUGAGUAAGAUAUUGGAGACAUUAAUGAAAAGCUGCUGUUCAUGAAUUUUGUAUAUAGUGAACUGACUGUAGUAUUUUACUAUUGUCUGUUUUAAAAAAUGUAAUUUAUAUCUCUUUCAAACUUUAUUGUAUUUAAUUGGCACAGAUUUGUUCGUGUGUGUGGGUGUGUGUGGGUGUAUAUGUGUUGUGUGUUUAGAAUACAGAACGUCUAAUUCA